CACAACAAAACCAAACAUUCACUGUUCUGUCUCCAUGUAUUUUGCUCUGUGGCGCUAAGGACCUUUUAUAUAAUGUUUAGUGUUACAAACAGUAUCAUACAAAUGCAUUUUUUCUUUAUGCUCGAGAGAGUUUGAUCGGAUUCCUCUCAAGCAAACGGUCGUAAUAUCCACCAUGUCUGAAUUUGCUGAAACGUCCGAAGUUCAUCGGUCACUGAAAAGGAAGAUGGAGGAGGAGGAGAAGGAUUUUCCGGACAGAGCCUCCUGUGAGCCUGUCUCAGGAGAAGCUCAGCAAAAUGCAGCCACCAGUUCCCCCGAAGAACCGGAAGAGAUGGAGCAGCCAGUCCCAACCGAUCUCCGUCCUCAAGAUGACCUGCACAAUACAAGGACACCAGAGGCGGCCGGCGAUGUAGCUGUUGAAGAGCCCACUCCUGCCCUUGUUUCACCCACUGCAAUAGAGGAUGCCUUCUUUACAGAAAUUAUAGCGCCUUUGAUUGCUCGUGCCACAGCAUUAGACCCAGGUCUUCCUGUUGGUAUGCCACGCUUAAGCACAGAGAAUGGAUCAGCAUCAUCUUCUCCACCGCCAAUAGGGGAACCGUGUGGAGAGAAAUGCAGAAGGCAGUGCUCAAAGAAGAUUCUGGAAGACAGGCGGAGAGAGAUCUGGAGCGCCUACUGGCGCAUGUCGUACGGAGACAAACGGUUCUUUGUGUUUCACAGUGUGAGCCAGGUCCAGAAGGCAAGAGCUUGUGGUGUUGGGCCAAGUCGACGGAGCAGGUCCUUUAUCUACAAGCUAAAAGAUGCAGACAACAUCCCACAGCAAGUGUGUAAGAUGUUCUUUCUGUCGACCCUAGGCUACCACCCCAGCAAUGACAGCUUGGUUUUGUCGGUCAUGGGCAGAGAUGUCAAAGAAGUUAAACCUUCUCUAGCUCCACCCAUUGACAGGAGAGGGAGACACAAACCCGCCAACAAACUGGACUUGAAACCGUUAUAUGCUCAUAUUGAGUCAUGUCCAAGUGACAUGAGUGUCAAACGUAUGUUCACUGACUACAUAGACAAAGGCAACAAAUGCUCUUACGAGACCUAUCGUAAAGCGGUUAAAUCCAUGAGCAAUGGCUCAGCCAAGGUGGAAGAGGAGGGAAGUGAGAGCUGUGUGCUGCAGGACCAGCAUCUGAGGGCUCACCAGAUGGAGGCUCUAGAUAAAUUUCGCCAGUUUGAAACAUUGCACCAACACAAAACGGAAGCUGAAGAUGUCAAACAACACUACAUGUCAGGUGUUGCAGACAAGUCGCAAGUGUCCUCUGCAGAAGCUCAGCAAAAUGCAGCCUCCAGUUCCUCCGAAGAACCGGAAGCGAGGGAGCAGCCAGUCUCAACCGAUCAGUUUCCUGAAGAUGACCUGCACUCUUCAAGAUCAACAGACUCAGCCCUCGCUGGUAAACCGCCAAUGGGAGAACCAUGCGGAGAGAAAUGCAGACGGCUUUGCUCUAAGAAAAUUCCAGAAGGCAGACGGAGAGAGAUUUGGAGCGAGUACUGGGACAUGCCAUACGGAGACAGACGUUACUAUAUGUUUAACAGUGUGAGCCAAGUCCAGAAGGCAAGAGCUUCUGUUGGCCCAAGUCGGCGGAGCAGGUCCUUUAUCUACAGGCUAAAAGAUGCUAACAACAUCCCACAGCAAGUGUGUAAGAUGUUCUUUCUGUCGACUCUCGGCUACCACCCGAGCAAUGACAGGUUGGUUGUGUCGGUCAUGAGCAGCCCUACCAAAGAUGGCACACAGGCUCUUACUCCACCCAUUGACAGGAGAGGGAGACACGAAGCAGCCAACAAGCUGGACUUGGAUCUGUUGAAUGCCCACAUUGAGUCCUGUCAUCCGGUCACUCAGUACCAGAGGAGGCACACACCAUGCCGCCGUUACCUCCCCAGUGACGUUAGUGUCAAACUUAUGUAUGCGGACUACAUAGACAAAGGCAACAAAUGCUCUUAUGAGACGUAUCGUAAAGCCGUUAAGAACAUGAACAUUGGCUUUGCCAAGGUUGGAGAGGAGGAAUGUGAGAGCUGCGUGCUGCAGGACCAGCAUCUGAGGGUUGAUCACCAGGUGGAGGCUUCAGAGAAAUCAUGUCAUCAGUGCGAAACGUGGCAGCAACACAAAACAGAAUCAGAAGAGAUCGGGCUGUACUACAUGUUUGACGCAGACAGAGAGUGGUCCGAAGACACCUCUGUCAGAAGUGUGAGUCUACAGAAGGUGAUCUUGCUCCCGCGCAUGCCUGGUGUCAAGUGUGCCGUGUCCACCAAGCGCAUUGCAGCCUACCAUGAGACUUUCGCACCAGUUGGACAGAACUCUGAUAAGAGGAAAACCAUCUCUGUUGUCUGGCACGAGGGCAUCGCGGGGCGCAAUGCGAAAGAGAUCGCCUCAGCUUAUGGGGCAGCGCUGGAGAAAGAGCGUGACAUCAGGCACAUUAUAUACUGGGUGGAUAACUGCUGCGUACAAAACAGAAACUGGCGUCUGCUGUCUUCCCUCGUAUCACUGGUGAACUCUGAUGUCACAUCCACUGAAGACAUCACCCUGAAGUUCUUUGAACCGGGGCACACACUCAUGAGCUCGCACCGAUUCCAUCAAGGGGUGGAACAGCAGAUGAGACACAGACAAGAAGGGGCAAUGUACAACUUUGGAGAUUUUGUGUCGGUCGUGGCCAAUUCAAAUUCCCAGAAAGUGGAGGUAAUCGAGCUACAGAACGAAAGAAUCAGGGCCUGGACAGAUGGCCACUGUGCCACAAAGGUCAAGGAGAUGCCCAAACUUUCUGAACUUAAAGUCAUACAGCUGCGACGCUGGUCGCGGUCGAUAUUCGUGAAGACGUCCCACGAGGAGGAGAACUUCACAGAGCUAGAUUUCCUUCAGGAGAGUUUCCGGCCCUGUAUUCCCAAUGCCUUGAGGGCACAGGACCGGGGCGUAGAGGAGGACAGUAAGACAGACAUUGUGAGGAAUCUGGUUCCCCUCAUGCAACCAACCAAGAGCUUAUUUUGGACUUCACUGCCUGUGAGAAACAGCAGUGACUAUGAGGAUGAGGAGUAGGGGAAGGUGGAAGAAGCCAGUCCCCUUGACUUGUGGUUUUUCCUAAUGCUUCUCUCUCUGUCUGUCUCUCUCUCUCUCUCUCUCUCACACACACACACACACACACACACAGAUACAUGCAGACAGAGACAAGCUGAAACACACAAAUUUUGAAAUGUUGCAUACAGUGUUAUCAACCGUACAUUCUUAAAAGUUUGUUAAAAAAUAAAUUGUUAAAUUAUUGACGUAAGGUAUCUCUACUACACAAUAACGGAAUUGGCUAUAUAUUGUUGAAAUUUAAGACAUUAAUUAAUUUCAAUAUAGGAAGAAAUAACUUUCUCAUGGUCAUUGGUUUUUACGUCUGCCUCGUGCCCUCUCUGCUAUACCCAUUUUGGUCCUAACAGCCUAUUCCAUCUCUGCAAAACCCCCACCUAUCCCCCCAACUGUCUUACAUUAUUUUUUUUAAAGAUCUGGUGUAUGUAUCCUGCAAACGAUCAGCAGAUGACUAAAAAACGCUAUGUGGGAGCUGCUAUUGAUCUAUGUGACCGUAGAAACUAAGAAAACUCCUUGGAAAUUAUUAUGGAUCCCAGGCAAACACUGUUUUAAUGAGAAAUUGCAAGAUAAAUAUCUAAAAAUGUUGUCAAAAGAAAGGAUGUGUUGCAUGGAGUCAAUGUCAGUAUAGUGUUAAUUUGACAAAUUGUGCAGUUAUAGCCUUUUGGCUUUGCAGGGCAGUAAUAUUGCUCUAUUUACACUCUAUCACUUUUAACAAAUUGCUUUGUUCCGCCGCAGCAGAAUAAAAAUAAAAUACAAAACCUUCUCUGACACUCCUGUUAUGGUGGACAGAAAAGAUAUCUUUAAAGAGUCUUUAAAAGAUCCACUGGCCUUAUUAAUGUUUAUGUCAGCUAUUUGGCAUAUACAAUAUUUUCUGUUAGUUUGUAUGAGAAGGUGUAGCAAAUCUCUCAUCAUUCCUGUGUAGUUUGCAAUGCAUUGUGGGUUGAUGACCUUGCAUGGCUGUGAAAAGAAGUUCUCUUGUGAUACCUUGGUACACAAAACAUCUGUAAUAACCAGAGCAUUAUGGCUGUAACCUUGGUUGCUAUUGUGAAGGCAGUAGCAUAGGUCUACUACACUAGUAGACAAUUGUACGACAUACAAGCUGUACAAUGCACAUUUAUUCUGUAAAUACUGCAUUCAUCUGUAAAUGUUGCACAUUCUGUACAUAUGCAGUUCUUUGUACUUUUCAUUAGAUACUAAUCUGCAUUUAGUUACUCUGUGUUAUUACAUGUGUAAUGACAAUAAAGAUGAUCUAUUAGUACAA